GUGGCCCCGGCUCGGGGAUGGCACCGGGACGGGUCCCGGCCGGGGGCUCUGCAGCCGGUUCCGCAGGCGGCUCCGUGGGUGCGGGAGGGGGGGGCUCGGUGCUCCCAUAGCCAAGGGGGGGCUGCAGCUGCUAUAAAGGCAGCGCUGCCCGGAGCAGCCGAUGCUGUCCCACCACCAUGAGCCCCUCCGGCUCCCUUAAAGCGCAGCAGCACCGCGGUGGGAUGGAGUGAGCCCGGAGCGGAUCCGCUCCCUCCUUCCCGGCGCCUCUCGGCUGGCUCCGGCGGAGGCGACGAGCCCGCAGCCGCUUGGAUGCUCUGAUUCCUCCCCUGCCCGACCCGCAUCCUGCCCAGAUGCAGUGGAUAACAUUCAUGCUGCUGUUAUUCAUCAGCUCCGUGGAAAUGCUCACGCAGAACCGAUGGAAGAAGCAAGCGAGCUCGGCCCUGCUGGAGAACUGCACGGGCUGUGUGCUGUGCUCCGAGGACAACGGCUGCAUCAGGUGCCACCAUCGGCUCUUCCUGCUCAUCUGGAGGGACGGCAUCCGCCAGUUCGGGGUGUGCGUCCACACCUGCCCCCCCGGCUACUUCGGCGUGCGGGGACUGGAGGUCAACAGAUGCACCAAGUGCCGGUCCCCGAGCUGCGAGAGCUGCUUCAGCAGAGACUUCUGCAUGAAGUGCAAGGACAAGUUCUACCUGCACAAGGGCCAAUGCUUCCGGCAGUGCCCCCCCAGCACUGCGGCGCAGCCUGGUACCCGCGAGUGCCAAGAAACGUGCGAGCCUGGCCCCUGGAGCGAGUGGAGCCCCUGCACCCCCGAGAGCCGGACCUGCGGCUGCAGGUGGGGAGUGGAGACCCGGGUGCGGGAGGUGUCGGGGGCCGCCCGGGAGGAAGGAGCCGCCUGCCCUGAGCUGCUGGAGACGAGGAAGUGCCGCAUGAAGAAGCACUGCCCAGGAGACAAAACCGAACCCAAAACUAAAGGCAAGAAGAGGCAGAAGAAGCUGAAGACAGAACCAGAGUCGGGUACUUAGCGGCUCCAGCACUGGAGCUGGGGCAGUGCUGUGGGAGCAGGAUGGGAGCUGCAGAGCCGCUGGCCAGGGCUCCCACCGCGCUGCCCCAGCCGCAUCACCCCAGUUUUCCAUCCACAACAGUUGCACAACGUUUUCA